UAUUUCUAAAAAUACAUUUUGCAUAAUUUCAAUAAAAAUAUAAUUUCAUUAUUGGUAAAAUCAUUUUCUUAAGGAUUUUCUUCGGAUACAUGUAAACGGACCUUAAAGUUAUUUUACGAUUAUUUCCAUAAGGUAGCAUCACUUGUUCCAAAAUUACAUUUAAACUUCAACAGACAGUUAGUUUAUAUAUAUAUAUAUAUAUUUUUUUAAAUAUUAUACUUCAAGAUGAUAACGAUGGAUACGAUUAUGUUAGAAUUGUAUGAUGUUCUAUUCAAAAUACGUUAUCCUGAAAUUACCAAAGCAAAACCAGAUAAUAUAGAUUCUACUAUAUUAUCUGGUGAAAAUAGAAUUCAUUUACUAUCGUGGUUACUAACAGAAAAAUUACCUACGUUAUCAAUUGAAUUAGGAAAACUUCAAGGUCCUGUUUUACAAGAUAAACUCGUUAAGUAUUAUUCUCAGCUUGGAAUUAGUCUUGACAAAGAUAUAUUAUUGGGUAAUUGUACAUUAGAGGAACAAUUUUCUACUUUAGUUAGAUUAUUAAAAUUUAUUAAAAAGAUUCAUGCAGAUUCAAAUGAUGUUUCUACCACCAAGGAAGAGCAUACAGUUGCUAAUUUAUUAAAAGUGCAUUUAACUGAAGAUACCGAUAAUUUGAACAAUGUAUCUUCAAAAAUGAGUUAUUCAGAAGCUGUUAAAUAUUUUGAAGAAUUACGAAUAUUAGACGAACCUAAGGAGUUUAAUAAAACCUCUAUAGAAAAAGAAUUAUUAGAAUUUAGUGAGAAUGGUGAAGAAACGAAUAAUGCUGAAAAACCAAAGGAUUUUAUUUCACGAAUGGAAAUGUUGAAGGAUACCUACGAUUCUAUUUCUUCUUACUUUGUAUCAACUGAGAAAGAUGAAAAUACUACAGUAAAUUGUAUGGAUGAAUAUUUCAAAAAUAUAUGUUACAUUUUAAAAAUGAGAUACCCAAACUUGCAUUACCAAAGCCGUCAGAAGAAAUCAGUCUCAAUAAACAAUCAUUUAAUUCUAUUAUAG